UGUGAAAAUGCUGUGAUAGGGUGGGUAGUAAUAUUCAUGAUGAACUACUUCUUCUUGUAGACCUUUUGUGGUCAAAACAGUAAAUAGUGUCUCAGUGAUUUAAAUACACAAUUGUUGAUCUUGUUGAGAAAAAAAGAUGAAUUUAUUUAAUGUAUAGGGCCGUUGCCAUGGCACCAGAGAGGGGCCAGGGUUUGGAUGACUUACACGCAAAAAUAAAUGAUGUCCUGUUUCAAGUCAUCUGCGCUUUCCUACCCAGCUUAAAUGUGCUUUCAUAAACAUGUUGGGACAUUUCCCCAAGAGGAAUAUUAAGCUGCUGAAAGAAUAUGGCAUCCAGAAUACGUUCCAGUACUCAGCAAACAUCAUCAGGUACGCGUCACAUGAACAUAUCUCGCAGACAAAAACAGAAAUGCAGCAAAGAGAGAACUCACUACUGCUUGGAGUGUGGAAAAAGUUUUACUCUACAGAGUACUCUCAAAAGACACCAGCGCAUUCACACAGGAGAGAAGCCGUAUCACUGUUCGGAAUGUGGUAAGAGUUUUUAUCGGCAGAGUUAUCUCCAGGAACACCAGCGCAUUCACACAGGAGAGAAGCCGUAUCACUGCUCCGAGUGUGGGAAGAGUUUUACUGCACAAAGCUCUCUGCAAAAACACCACCGCAUUCACACAGGAGAGAAGCCGUAUUAUUGCUCAGAAUGUGGGAAUAGUUUUAAUCGUCCAAGUUCUCUCCAUCAACACCAGCGCAUUCACACAGGAGAGAAGCCGUAUCAGUGCUCAGAGUGUGGGAAGAGUUUUAAUCGUCAGAGUACUCUCCAACAUCACCAGCGUAUUCACACAGGAGAGAAGCCGUAUUACUGCUCAGUGUGUGGGAAGAGUUUUACUGUACAAGGAUAUCUCCAACAACACCAGCGCAUUCACACAGGAGAGAAGCCAUAUCACUGCCCAGAGUGUGGGAAGAGUUUUAAUCAACAGUGUAAUCUCCAAGAACACCGGCGCAUUCACACAGGAGAGAAGCCAUAUUACUGUUCAGAGUGUGGGAAGAGUUUCAGGCAUUCAAAGACAGUGAAGACACACAAGUGCACUAAGAUCAGUGGUGGAAAUGGGGAGUAAUGUAUGUAACCUUAACAUUCUAACAUUCUGGGAGUAAAAGUCUCCAGUAAACGGUGCUUCCAGCCUAGAAAUCAAACUGUUCAUAGAGGAAAACCAGCUGUUUCUUAAAACACGAGCAUAAAAUGAAAUAUAACUUCCAAUUAUGUGUUGACCAAGUCAAACCUUAACCAUAAAUAGUUUCAUUUGUAAUGUUUGAGGAAAAACAUCCGAGAAGCGCCACAUUGAAUUAAAAUGAAGUUAUUUACUUUGUAAUUCAGUGCAUCCUAUAUAGUAUAGUGUUUCUGAUGAAAUGAUGGAUAUUUUGACAAACAUUUUUGUGCUUGGCUCCUUGAGUCCCUAUUUUGCUCAUUUGAUUUUCAUGCAUUAACUGAUUAAUGUUUGUGGCAGUUGAAGUGCCACUUUGUCUUAGCUUUCAACUUUUAGCAGUAUACAUGUUGGGACUGCUACAAAAGAGAUAUGACUCUGGAGACUGCAACAGUUUUUGCUGUGCCGGGCUGAACUGAACAGCAUUGAAAACACAGCACUAUGAAGGACUACAAGACAUCAAGCUAUUUGAGUGAGGUACUGCUGACCUCAUUAUGGCCUAUGCAUGCCUGUUCUAUGUGGCAUAAAGUCCUGUACAGGCCAGACUACAACUCAUCAAUGAACUUUUUAUUACCGUUUUCAGAGACUUUAAGGACUGUUGAUGUUGUUUGUAAUGCUUGGAGAGUGGCUGUUCCUUGAAGGGCAAUCUCCAGUCUAUCCUACCAGACAUGGCAGUUGCCUCUAGUACAGGAGUUUGUACUGGAUAUCUGCUGUUUGUAGAAUUGGGUAGAAGGUGACCAUUUGGGGAUUCACAGAGAGCGAUUCUUGCCGACAUCAUUAAGAUGCGCAUGAUGACACUGUUCAGUUAUGUUUCUAAACUAAUCCAAGUCUGCAUUAUAAUAGUUUUGAUUUGCAAUGAUGAAUCAAUGUGUACACAAUUCAGUAUGUAGAUAUAUAGAUGGUCUAAUUUACAUAUAAUUUGCAUAAAAGUAUACCUACUCUGACCAAGUCUGUGUUAGGCAGGUGGAGAUGGAGAGACACCUGUAAGUGUUCUCUCAUUUUCUCUCUCUCUCUCUCUCUCUCUCUCACUCUCUCUCUCUCUCAGUUUUUUGCCUGCUGAUUUAUUUCUGUAAGCUUUUGUUUAAUUAA